GACGCUGGGAAAAGGAAUGCCAACAUGGACCCGUGGCAAGGACGGGAUGCGAGAGUGCUGCGACAAUAACACGACGGAGGAGGAAACAAACGCCAACAUCUGAGAGCACUUCGACGGCGCCGUCUUUCUCCGCCGAGCCUCGUCCGCACCGCACACGAUUUGUGUGAGCCCCUUCUGGAACGUCCUCUGUCCUGCGUUCGGCCUGGAUCAAUGGUGUCUCUCAGCAGCAGAACGCUGAGUUUGGAGAACGACCUGUUCAGCGGCAGCCUGUUCUCCCUCGGCCCGGGAGACGGAGCCCGCAGCGAGGGGGGCAGUUCGGCCUCCUGCGACAGCCCCGAGGCUGGGGAGCAGGGGGCUACGCACAGCUCCAGCCCUGGAGAGGAGGAAGAUGAGGAGGAGGAAGAAGACGAAGACGAGGGGGCGCGGCUGCAUAUUUUUCUCGGCGCAGUGGGAGAAGAGGAACCUGCGGGUCAGGAGCCCAAGCUGCCAGAAUUCCCUUUCCAUCCCUCUUCCCCGUUCUCCCCGACCCUGGAGGACAUAGAGGAGUUCCUGAGGGAAAAGAUGGAACUAGUCAAAGAGGGGCUCCUGGCCCCUAAAGAGGAGGCCUCCCCUCUGCCAUGCAGCGACUCUCCAUCCUCCACGGGGCCCCCGGCUGCUUCCUCAGAGACCUGCAGUGACCCAGGGACGAGUGCCUCCCAUAGCACUUCAGACACCCCUCAGACAGAGCAAAGCAGCCCCAGCCCGGCUCACCCUUCCCCUUCCGCCCAACUACACUCCUCAGCAUCCACCCUAACCCCGCCAAUGCUCCUGGGCGGUCCACUGGUCCUCCAGCUCCAGCCCCUACCUCUGGCCCAAAGUGGCAUUUGGCUCACUCAUCUGGUCAUGGGGCUCCAGGGUGCAACCGGACGAAAUCUCACCCUGCUGGCCCCGCAGGUGCCCUCCACCCCCACCACCUUGUUAUCACUAAACAGUGGAGAUACCAAGUCAGCUGACCAGAAGUACGUGAAGAUCGCCCCUCUGCCCAUCACCAUGAGAACUCUAGAGAUCACGGGUGUGACUGGGCUUGGGGGCCAGGGCAAUGGUCUGUUGAAGACUGUGGCCCCCCGGAUGACCAGAGUGCUGCCUACAGAGAGGGUCCAUAAGUGCUCCCACCCAGGCUGUGGGAAGAUGUACACCAAAAGCAGCCAUCUGAAAGCUCACUUCCGCCGGCAUACGGGAGAGAAACCCUACACGUGUAGCUGGCCGGACUGUGGCUGGAGGUUCUCCCGAUCCGACGAACUGUCUCGUCACCGCCGCUCUCACUCCGGCAUCAAGCCGUACGAGUGCUCGCUGUGCGAGAAGAAGUUCGCCCGCAGCGAUCACUUAUCCAAACACAUGAAGGUCCAUCGCAGCUCCAGGCCCAGCAGGAUCAUCAGAGCCACUGUGUGACACCUUCAGCUGGCCCAAGCCCUGCCCUGCACCCACCGGUCUGGCCUUGACCGGGGGUGGUGGGGUUGGGGUGGUGGGGGGUCCGGGUCUCCCUCAGGACUUUUGGUGCUUCACAAGCAGACCUUUCAGAGGAAUCUUGAGAGCUGGCUGCUGUUGUCCCCUCAUAGUUUCCUUCCUUUCACUCCUCCCUGGUGUUUAUCUUUCACUGUUCCUUCUGAGCAGCUCGUCAUAUACUGAGCUAACAGCCACCUCAGGAAAAACCCAGCUGAAAGUGGACUUCCUGGCCUUCACACACACACACACACACACACACACACACACACACACACACAGACACACACACACACACACACACACACACGAUAAAACACCUAACAGCAGACAGUCUCACAGAGGCCCUCUUGCAACCACUGCUUGCGCUACUGUUCCUGCUCCCAAGCUACAGGUGCUGUUGGAAGAAGGGUGGUAAUCAGUAACAGGAGUGUCUGUAAUUCUAUAAUCUCCAUUCUACUUUAGCGAUCGCCCUCUUCCUCAAAGCCAAACUUCAAGGUCCACAUGGAUAAAGCUUCCCUACGUUUCUGUACGUUGCUAAAGUGCAAAUUUACUUUGUUUAGCAUCACAUUUAUGCCGUGUAUUCUAAUCACAAGGCUUGCAAUGGACUUGUUCAAGUAGGAUGAAAUUCCGAUUAAAGCAGCAGAAUCUCCUCUAAUUACUAGUAGAGGAUUAUUACUACUAUUUUUAAAGUUACAGUUCAUUCUGAAUGAACGGCACGACUCUUUCAUGAUAUUAGGAGGAAAUGCUGAGACAUGGUUUUUGUCAGAACUUGUGGCUGUGCUUACUAUUUGGCCAAGCUGAGAAAAACUUUGAUGUUUUAUGCAUCCAGCCCUGGCCUUUUUUUGCAGUCGUCCAAUCGUAAUCCACCCUGUUUUGACCCGUAUGCCUUUUCUCAGCCCCAGUAUGCCCUAAUCUCCAUUGAUGCCUUUGUCCCUAUCACAAAACCUCACUUGAUCCUACUGUUAUCAUAUGACUGCUCUUAUUUAACUGUGAUUCUGAACUGGGGGUUGCCAAACCAGAAAUCCCUGUUCUGGCCCUGGGAGAGCAUGAAAACGACACCCUUGGUGCGUUUUAAGCUCUUUGUUCUCUGAAAUUCUCUUGAAAUCAUUGUGCAGCCGACUUAUGUGGCCUAGAUAAGUACUCGCCCUGUAUGUUAUAUUUUGGCUCAAUGGUGCAAAAGUGAUGUGAAACACUGCUCUUUCUUAUUUACAGUAGCAGUUACUGUAAAACGUUUCUCUGUUGGUUAUAGCAGCAAGAAAAGCUAUUAGGUCAAGCAGCUGGAAAGGCAGCUAACAUCUAUUCAAUCAUCUGUAUUAGCAUAGUCAAUAUAAUGUGUACGGAACAUAAAGGACAAAGAUAACGUGUACGGCUUGUAGCCUUUAUAUCGAUGUUUUUUUUUAUCAGAGAAUUUUCAAUCAGUGCAUUAAGCUAUUCAGUCAUGUUGCUGGAGAGGUUUCUGGUCUGUUAAGUGAGUUUGAUUGUAGCGUGAUCAAUCUGUGGAAUGUCAGACUGAUUGUGGUCUGGGAUUUGGAGUCCCACUCUACCUAUUCACAAACCAUUAAGCUGAGUCUGCUGGUCUCAAGUGCACUUGUGUUAGUGGAAAGUGAGAAACAGUCAUUGUGCUCUUAUGGCAGUUCCAUAAAAUGUAUUGGAGCCGUAAAAUGCCCCCCCCCGCAGACGCAGACUGCGCAGUGCAGUCACUAUUAUCGUUUGUUAUUUGAUCUCAACACUUUGGUGCUUGUUAACCUACCAGUGCUUCACAUGAAGACACUGUAUACCUGACAGCAUAACGCUUCACAUGGCUGGACUGUCUCUGUUGAACCAGCAGACACUUCCUACAAACCGUAGGCUACCGGCAAUCUAAGCGUAGCUUGAGCAACAUCGGUGCUUUUGGAUAAACUCAAAUGUAGAGCACUUCUGCAUGUAGCCGUGCACAUUGUCAUUUACGCAGCAAGCACUCUCAUAUCUUUGUCUCUUAGCAUUGUGGAUACAUUAGGUUUCACUCUUUAAAAACAACUAUGCUUACUAAUGUAGAAACCCAUUCAAAGCAGACAGACGGGCAGAUGUGUGUUUAUCUGUCUGAACCAAUGCUGUCUUUGUGUCUGAGCCUCCCCAGGCUGCUUCUACUGACCUACAUCCAGACCUGUAUUCCCUAAUAAUCAUCAUCAUCAUCAUCAUCAUCCAGUUCUCUCUCUUCUCUGUUUCUCUCUCUUAGUCCUGCCCGUGUAUCUGGUGGAACACAGGCUGUUUUAUUUUUUUUGAAUACCAGAAAUGCUAUUUUCCUAUUUGCAAAAAUAAAAAGCAUAAACUGAAAAUGCUGAA